AUGGCCGACUCAACCACCGCAUCCCAGCAGUCUGCAGCUGGCUCUCAGCUUCCGCCUCCUAGUACACAGCCCACGACACAAUCGACAGAAGCUCCUCCAUCAUCGGCAGAGACAGUGACUGCAUCGAACAAUCUACAGACCGACCCAACAAACGCAGCAGCGGGCUCGGCCGACCGUGAUAUUGCCGAUCCGAUAGAUGAUGCUAUUGACAACGAUAUUAAUAUGAACAACGCUGAAGACAUGCCUGCCGCCAACGGAACAAACGAUGCAGGCGCGCCUACAAACCCUGUUGCCGCACUUACGAAUGCUUCUGCACCGGCUUCAAAGAAGGAGAGCAGUUUACGAGACUUUUUGGGCAAGAUGGAUGAUUAUGCGCCUAUUAUCCCCGAUGCCGUAACAGCUCACUACCUCACAGUCGCCGGCCUACCACCCCCAGGCAAUGGCCCAAACCAAACUCCACCACACCUCGCACGCCUCCUGGCCCUCGCAACGCAGAAAUUCGUCGCUGACAUUGCAGCCGAUGCAUACCAAUACUCACGCAUCCGCGCCUCCAAUAGUUCAAGCGCAAACAAUCCCAUGGGCGGCCUGAAUGCUGCCGCCGGUCUGGGCGGUCCCGCAGCCGCGGGCGGCGGUGCCGGUGCCGGUGGUGCGGGAGGUGUAGGCGGAGAUGCAGGGAAGAAGGGCGCUGCGGCCAAUACGCAUUUAGGAAUUCAGAGACCUGGUUUUGGUGGUGGUGGACAGGGCGGUUCGGGACAGGGACGCACUGUGCUUACGAUGGAGGAUUUGGGCAUGGCUGUUUCGGAGUAUGGGGUUAGUGUGAAGAGGGGGGAGUUUUAUCGAUAA